ACGGCUAGCUGGAUUCCUGGAGAAAAUGCAUAACUAUUAACUAUCAAUUAAUCUUGUUCUGUUUUUCGCAAUCAAGUCAUAGUUAUCUUUGAACGAACCUCUUGGUUGUAGCCAUUGGUGGCUGUCUUGCUAUAUAGUACAUUUUUGCCCAUUCAAGCGUUACAUUACUAACUCGUCUAACGUAGCUAGCUAACGUUACUACUGUAUACAUUAGUUUAGUCAGCUACGUUUUUGUGUCGGUUAAAUGUCACCAGCGCAUAUUCAUAUUUUACGUUUCAUACUCCCCGAUAGUUAGCUUAGCGAUUCUGUGUAUCUGGCUAAAUCAAAACGAAUGCUUUCAGCUAGGUAGCUAGCCGGUUAGCCUGACACUGACAGCUGGCUAGCUAGUUCAAUAGACACCCCAUCUCCACAUCUAGACAAGUGGCAGAUUCAACAAACAUGGAUUACCAACACAUAGCGAAUGCAGUUGGGGACUGUCUUUUGAGCUACACCAAGGACGAGUCUGGGUGGAAAGUCUGUAAGAAAUCGAAUGACAUCAUUGUAUCCUGGCGGCCAUCAACUGAAUUCCCUGGGAAUGUGUAUAAGGGGGAGGCGGUGGUCAAGGGAAGCCCGGAAAAGGUAUGGGAGUGUCUGAAGCCAGUGCCCAAUGGACUGCGGGUGAAAUGGGACAACAAUGUCAAGAAGUUUGAGCUCUUAGAGCAAGUCACCGAGAAUAUCACAGUUUGUCGAACAGUCACUCCAUCAGCAGCCAUGGGUAUAAUAGCCCCCAGAGACUUUGUAGACGUUAUUCUGGUUAAGCAAUAUGACGACGGCACCAUAACUUCCAAUGCCACCAAUGUGAGCCACCCGAGCUGUCCUCCCCAGCCGGGGUAUGUGAGAGGCUUCAACCAUCCUUGUGGUUGCAUCUGUGUCCCCAUCUCUGGUGAGCCGAGCAAAACGCAGGUUUUUAGUUUCUUCCAGACGGACCUGGGAGGCCUCCUGCCUCGCUCAGUGGUCGACUCCUUCUUCCCCUCCAGCAUGGUGGAGUUCUACAAUAAUCUGUCCAAGGCUGUCAAGUCCCUCAAAGACCACUGAUGCUUUCCCUUCUGUUAGAUAUGUGGGAACUACAUAGACGACUCCCAGGACCAGCCUUCAGGGUGACUACACGACACUGAAUGGUUAGCUAAGAAUUGGUGGAACCGUAAAAUGGUCAGUUGUGAAGAGGGUAAACAGAACUUUGGUUCUUGUUUGUGGGGGGAGGGGGGGGGGACUCAACUCUCUAGCCAAAAAAUAUCAUAGCAUCUAUAAUAUUAUACACAUUUCUUCACAGCCUCUUUCAUUAGAAAGAGUAGUCACCUGGCCUUGCCUCUAUUCUCAGCGCAUAGUGACUGAAAGGUACAUGAGAGAAGGAAGGGUGAAUACCUUUUGUUUUACCCCAGCCCAGAACUAACAGGAAACAAACCUGGUUUCAGAUUGUUGUUUCAUAUAAUAUUUGUGUUAGUGCUGGUCUGGUGCCAAACGCUGAAUGUCUGGUACUGGUACUCUGCAGGUCCAUGAUUAGUGGCCACUGAGGCAGUCUUACAAGUGAGUUUUGGGGUCUGUUGUUUUUCAAUCAUUAUUCUCUCGGGGGGGAAAAAGGUUAUAUUUUAAUUUCCAGGAGAACAAAAUAAUGCUAAUAUGAUAAUGGGUUGUUUUCCUGAAUCUUAACAAUUUAAAUAGAGGGUUAUUCCAGAAAGUUAAGGAUUUAAAUAGAGGAUUAUUCCAGAAAGUUAAGGAUUUAAAUAGAGGGUUAUUCCAGAAAUGAAGGAUUCCCUGAACAUUUCUGGCGUAUUUUAACAAUAUAAGGGAGUCUUAGAGCUCUUGGUUCCAGAAUAGCUGUUUUUUUUUUUCAAUCAUUAGGUAAAGUGAAACGCAGAUCGGUUUAUCCGACAACUCGUACAUGCCAGCAACAUUUAAAAUGGUCCUCAUGACAGAAAAUGUGAUGAACGUCAUGGGGUCCAAAGCAGGGCAUGAUACUGAAGUAGCAUGGAGCAAGAAAUCCUUUCUAACGCCCUCCAACAAUCAUGUAGAUGUUUUCUCCAAAUGAAGGCACACCGCCACCGCUGCAAAUGCCCGUUUGUAAGCUUGGCAGAUAACAAGCAGCAGAAUAAAUUCAUGAUUGAAUUGUCUUGACUUACUCACCAAAUUGGCCUAAAUACAUAUGGGUUAUUAUUGAUAACACUUAAUUUAUAGAGGACUUUUGUUGCAAUGCUCAUGUUACUUGACAAGCCUAUAACCUAAAUGGCAUUAGCCUACAGUGUGUCUCAGUUGCAAUGGUGUGGAACACAGCACAUGUUCUGUUUUUUUACACCAUGGUAGCAAAAAGAUCCUGUCAGAAUAUAAAAACUAAGGACAAUAAACUAAAAACAAUAUUAAAAACAACUAAAUUAUUAGUUGGUAAAAGUCAAAUGCAGUACCAUAGACAGAGAUUGAAUAGUGGUCAAAGCGAAACCACGCUACAUUUGAAAUGGGUAUGGGUUGAAUUAAGUGGCAUGAACAAUUCCUAACUAAGUGGAAUAAUGAUAAUGUUCAAGUAUCAGUUCUGAAUGAUCGAAAGGAUCCAUCAGGGGCCCAUUCAUUGGUUCCCUUUGUGUAAUCCAGUGUUCAAUGCAGGCUCCCAUGCCAAUUGGACUUUCUGUGAAGUGACAGGCCAUGGUGACGGAAUAGACUGAUUGGUGGAUAAGCUAUGUGUUUGAGUCACUUGGCCAGGAUAAGAUCAACUUAACCUAGAAGGUAGCAGGUUUGGUUCAUUUAAUUUGUUGCUAUGGUUUCCAAUCAGGAUUCACUUUAAGUUCACUGAAAACUCAGAGCUUUCCCAAGUUCUGGUUUGACAGAUCACGCUAAUUUAUUAUAAUGCAGCUUUCUGGAAUAGCCCUCUGGUGCCAUUUGGUAGCCAGAGGACAAACACUGUCACCAUGAAACCAUAAAUCCCCCAAAAAAUGCACACACUAUAUUAUUAGACAUUCACUGUUUUUACAUUGGCAAAGACCUUGUCACUAAGUCCAGCUAUUGGAGACCUAACUUACAGACCUUUCAUCCCUUUGGACAUUCAUGAAAAUCAUCUUUCUAAUGCAAAAAGAGAAAAAAAUAUUUCCUGUUCACCUCCCACCCCAAAAUAUUGAAAAUCACUUUUAAAUCUACAAUAUAUAUUGUAUAGCACUAUGUCCUAGAUACUACAUAUAUGCACUUCAUUUUUUUUACAGUUGCUGUUGAAUACAGUCCAUUCCUAAAUACUGUCUGCAUCCUAAUGACAGUAUCAUGCAUGUUGCAUGGACCUUACAGGACCCCCAAAAUGGAACCAGGUUUCAUUGGGAGAGUCAUACCUCAUUUUUUUGUUGUUCUGUGUGUACAGUAGUACUGUAGUUAUAAUGUUCUGGUUUUAUUCUGUCUCCACAUCCCUUUAAUCCAAACUUUUGCACAAUAGCCUUUAGGCGGUGUCUAUACAGCUUGCAGAUUUGGCAUGGUUUUUGGUGGUGGCUAUAAUCAACCUACAGUAACAUCCCCUAACUCUAUCCUAGUCCUUAUUAUUUUUAAGAGCAGUUCCAAUGGCAAUAUGAAUAGCUUCACCUACAGUAGUGCGCUUCUUUUGACCAGGGCCCAUAGAUCUCUCUUUUAAAGUAUCGGACUGUUGACUGUCAUUCGGGGCCACUUUCAAGUCCCAACGUAUUUAAACACAGCAGCGUAGGACUGCCAUAUUCUAACAUCAGCUGUCUGUAGUGUUCUGUUUUGCACUAUAAGGAAAGGUAUUACCAGCAAAAAAACACUCUGUGGUGUGGCACAAGAGGGCAAGUCCGUCUAGGUCAGUGUGUGUCUUUAUAGCGUCCUCUACUUGACAUUCCUUCAUAUAAGUUGGCGUGAAAGGACCAGGUUGUCAAGAAGGCUGUCUUUUUCUGCGAGGUGGGUUCAUCAGUUGGGUGAGAGGGGGACGGAGGACUCUCUAAAGACACGCCCACUAGCUGGUGUUGUCCCAGUGCUGUAUGGUCCGUCCCCCGCAUGCCUCUCAGUCUGUGUGAUGAUGAACCUUAAUACGUAUUCACAUCCACCUUUUCAGCAAUCUUGUGGUUACGUUUGUUUUUUAAAGUGAACAUCGUUACUUCCUUCUUACGUCUUUUUACAAGUGCAUCGUACUUCACUUCGUCUACGACCACACAGUCUUACAUGCUUGCUUUUAUUCCAGUCAAUGUUUGCCUUUUGUCGGUGUGGUGCUAUAAAGGCAUCUUUUUGCUGUGUUUUAUUGUACUGUAACUGGAACCUGGAGUUCCUACCUACUACUGAAUGUGCUGUUGUCUUAACGUCACGGUACACCAGCUGUCUAUUGGUGGUUUUUUUAUUUUUUAUUUACUCGAUCAUGCAUUUUGCAACAGGUGUUGUGUGUGUGUUUUAGGGUAUGUGUUGAAUGCUGUUUGUUGUCCUCCUGUUGCAACUCCUGAUUAUUGAAAAGAACAGCUGCCAUGGAAAGUGACUGAUGGUGACAUGUACUGUUAGACAUGUACAUAGGAGAACAAAAACACUUUUCCUAAGUCUAGGAGUUGCAAAAUGUGGGUUAUUUUCUCAAAGGAUCCUGCAUAGAAGGUUCUGGGAUCUUGGAAUCCUCCAUCUGUGAUUUCUGGAAACUUGGGAAUUUGCAAUUGUAAUCCUGAUCUUGACUCUACUGUACUGUAUGACUACUGUACACUGUAUGUUUCACCCAAUAGAGUUUGUACCUCACGUAUUAAAAACAAAGGACCGUUA